GGGGCAGCAGCCGGGCCGCGUCGGCGGCCGGGGGCCUGGCGCCAGGAUGAGCAGCGGGGUCGGCGGCCGCUCGCCCCACAGCAUUAACUGCGCGCUGCCCACCAUCCCCUCCAGCAAACUGCCCGACCUGUGCUUCCUCAGCCGGGGCGCCUACGGCACCGUGUCCUCGGCGCGCCACGCCGACUGGAGGGUCCCGGUGGCCGUCAAGUGCCUGCAGGGGCCGCUGCUAGACAGUGAAAGAACCAAUCUCUUAAAAGAAGCGGAGAUUUUACACAAAGCCAGGUUCAGUUAUAUUCUUCCAAUUUUGGGAAUUUGCAAUGAGCCUGAAUUUCUGGGAAUAGUGACUGAAUACAUGACAAAUGGUUCAUUAAACCAACUUAUACAUGGGAAAAAUGCGUAUCCUGACAUUGCGUGGUCACUGCGAUUCCGUAUUCUGUAUGAAAUUGCUUUGGGAGUGAAUUAUCUGCACAAUAUGAGUCCUCCAUUGCUGCACCAUGAUUUGAAGACCCAAAAUAUUUUACUGGAUAGCGAGUUUCAUGUUAAGAUUGCGGAUUUUGGUUUAUCGAAAUGGCGCAUGGUGUCCACAUCACAAUCACGAGGUGACAAAUCUCUGCCAGAGGGAGGGACUAUUAUCUACAUGCCACCUGAAGACUAUAAUCCCAAUCAGAAAACCCGUGCAAGUGUAAAGCAUGAUAUAUACAGCUAUGCCAUUAUUAUGUGGGAAGUGAUGUCAAGAAAACAGCCUUUUGAAGAAGUUAUAAACCCCUUGCAGAUUAUGUAUAGUGUGUUACAAGGAAAGCGACCAGACACUAGUGAAGAAACUUUAUCAAUGGACAUACCCCACCGAGUGCUGAUAGUAACAUUAAUGGCAAGUGGAUGGGCACAAAAUCCAGAUGAAAGACCUUCUUUUUCAAAAUGCUUAAUAGAUCUUGAACCAGUGCUGAGAACAUUUGAUGAGAUAUCUAUGCUUGAAGCAGUAAUUCUCUUAAAGAGAGAUAAGUCAAAAUAUGAGUCUCAGUGUAUUCGCUUCAGUCACAAGACAGCCGAUGUGGAGCUGACAUCUGUAAAUAUACCUCUGAAUCUUAGUCCACAGGAGGAAACGUGUGCUCCCUUCCUACAAAGUGGUGCACUCCCCCUCCGGAGCAUGUCACCUGAAUUACCAAGACUCAAAUCUAUACCAAAGUAUAAUAUCCUCUCAACAGGUAAAGACAACAGUUCUGAAGGACCAUGCUCUCUUGUUAGCAUGGAUGAAAAUAUCUCUCCAGCCCAGAGUGCUAAAUUGUAUGUGCCCUACCACAGCUACCCAUCCUCAUCUGGUGCAGAUCGUUCAGACGCAUCAAAUCCUAUGACACACAUGCUGCAGUCAUCAGCACUUAUCUCAGGUUUUGCUGUGGAAUCUAUGCAACAGGAUGUAGCUCACCAGUGGAUCCAAAUUAGGAGAGAGGACAUUGUCAGCCAGAUGACUGAAGCAUGUCUGAACCAGUCUCUGGAUGCCCUCCUAUCAAGGGAUUUAAUCAUGAAAGAAGACUAUGAACUUAUUAGCACCAAACCUACGAGGACAUCAAAAGUCCGACAACUGCUCGAUACUACUGACAGCCAAGGAGAGGAGUUUGCUAAAGUUAUAAUACAAAAGUUGAAAGACAAUAAGCAGAUGGGCCUUCAGCCUUACCCAGAUUUGUCAUCUGCCUCUAAGAUUGCAUCUUUAAAUUUAUCAUAUCAGUAUAAAACCAUGUAAAUGUUUCCUUACAAGUAGGUUUCUGUUUCUGAAAGAUUACUUUACAUCUGUAUUCCUUUGGUCUGUAUUGCACUUAUAUAAGUCCGGUAAGCGAAAGAAUUAGAUGUAACUAAGGUUACAUUGUAAAGUUAAAACUUUUGAAGAGCAACUGGAAAGAUAUACACUCUAAUGAAGUAUUUGAAAGUAUUUUGUUUAUACAUAAAAAGAGAAAAUGUUCCCUAUUCUCUAUUUUAAAUAAUCAUAAUUAUUCCAUUUAUAAAUAUUCUUUAAGUUGUAACUGUCUUAAAAUGAUGGGGAUGCUGCUCACUCACUGUCAUGGUAGGAUUGAUAUAAAAGGAAAAAACCCUACAACAAAACCUGUAGAGUUCUGCCAAUGUUCAUUGCUGUUGUAAGCUAUUUUCACAUUACCCUUCUGGGUAGAUUUGUUCCUUCCUAAAGAACACUAAGUCUGCCAUACGCCUGUAUUUAGAUUUUAAUUUUGUCUCUCCACUCAAGUAGUUAGUAGUGGUAAAUCUAAUGAUACAAGACCUGCACUUGCUCCCAUUUCAGUCAAAGGGAGUGUGAUGGGAUCCACAGACCAGCAUGUGAUCUGGUAGAAUGUUGCUGUCUUAACUCAUCGCUUGUCUCCACAAGCUUGACACAGAAUCACAUUUGAAAUGUUGAAUGUUGCAUUUGAUUCCUCAAGCUUCUAAUUCCAGUUUAUUUUUAAUGUCUACAUAACCUGCAGUAAGCAGUGAUUUUAUGUGGUGUAUAAUGAUCAAGCAUAUGCUGCCCAGGUGGGUUAGCAGUAACACAAUAAACACACAUGACCUCCUUUGACACACAAGCACUAAGAGUGCUGCAGAGCCAGUGUACUUACUUCCUGGAGGAAAAGUGUUGUGUGCUGAUCUGUAGCAGUCCCCUCUGGACAGAGUAAAUAUCAGCACUGAAAAUAGUGCUGUUCAGCACUUCUAUAGCUGAGAGGGCAGCUCCAGUCAGGCCAAUGGGGCUGUGAGGGUUUGGGGGUGGGGGAGAAUUCUGUGCUUGCCUGAGGCUUUCAGUUUGGUGGGCAAUGCCCCUUUCUUACCCCCUCUCUCCCUCAAAACUACACCCUUGGUGUUCCACCUUUCUUGUUUUGAGAGAAGGCCAUUGGUGAAAGAGAAGUCUGAGAGGAGGAAUCUGAUUUUGUUUUAAUUCUCUUUAGCACAAUUAAUACAGCGUAAAUGGUUAUAAAUCC